AUGACUAAGUCCAAUGGCGAAUCGCGUUUUCGCAGCCUGCAUCUCAACGUUACGCAGAAGGACACCACCAACGAUAUCCCGAUUGGUAGUGGGCUGCAGUGUGCGAGCUUGUCCGCUCGAAUGGCGUCAUGCGGGGCCGGCAGCACGCCCUUGGAAGCUCAUCGGCCUGAUGAUUAUUCAGACCGCAAGAUCUGGCAGACACCGGAUUAUUCCGCCCCGAAUAUAUCGUGCCACCCAACGAGCUCACCGUGA